ACGGCUGGGGCGGCGAGCGGGGCCCGCCCGCUGCCCGCGGCCCCCGCAGCGCCCCGCCAGCAUGGCCGGGGCCAUCAUCGAGAACAUGAGCACCCGCAAGCUCUGCAUCGUCGGGGGCAUCCUGCUCGUGUUCCAAGUCAUCGCCUUCCUGGUGGGAGGGCUCAUCGCUCCCAGCCCCACGACAGCUGUUCCCUACAUGUCAGUGAAGUGCAUUGAUGUCAGGAAGAACCACCACAAAACCAAGUGGCUGAUGCCCUGGGGACCCAACCACUGCAAGAAGCUGAAGGAUUUUGACGAGGCCGUGAGCCGGCAGAUCGAGGCCAAUGACAUCGUGUUCGCUGUGCACAUCCCCCUGCCCAGCAAGGAGAUGAGCCCCUGGUUCCAGUUCAUGCUCUUCAUCAUGCAGCUCGACAUUGCCUUCAAGAUGGACAACGACCUCAAGGAAAAUGCAGAGAUCACCCUGGAUGUGUCGCUGGCCUAUCGUGAUGACAUGUUUGAUGACUGGGAGGAAAUAGCACAUGCCAUAGAGAUCAGGAAGCUGAAGUGCACCUUUGGCUCUCCAAAAACCGUGGAGUCCGAGGGUCGUCACUACGACUGUGACUUCCUGCCCUUCAUGGAGAUCGGCAGCGUGGCACACAAGUACUACCUCAUCAACAUCCGCCUGCCCGUCAACGACAGGAAAGGCAUCAACGUGGGCAUCGGCGAGAUCAAGGACAUCCGCCUGGUGGUGAGUGUCCUGUCCCUGCUCUGCCCUCACCCCCUCUCAGGGGUCACCUGCACCACCUCCUCUGUGCCUUGUCUGCGUUUUCUUCUGCCUUCGCUCGGGGUCAGGGUUAAAAACACAAAGAUGAAAUUUUUGGUUCGGAUUUGGCUGUUUAUUAAAUCUUAUCUAAAGUACACAGAGUUCUGCAACACCAAGGUGUGGUUUGCCAUGAAGACCUUCCUGACACCCAGCAUUCUGAUCAUCAUGGUGUGGUACUGGAGGAGGAUCACGCUGAUGACACGUGCUCCUGUGCUGCUGGAGAAGGUCAUCUUUGCUCUGGGAAUUUCCAUGACGUUCAUUAACAUCCCUGUGGAGUGGUUUUCCAUCGGAUUUGACUGGACUUGGAUGCUCCUCUUUGGGGACAUUCGACAGGGCAUCUUCUAUGCCAUGCUGCUCUCGUUUUGGAUCAUCUUCUGUGGGGAGCACAUGAUGGACCAGAACGAGCGGAAUCGGCUCUCGGGGUACUGGAAGCAGGUGGGACCCAUCGCCGUGGGCUCCUUCUGCCUCUUCAUCUUUGACAUGUGUGAGAGGGGAGUGCAGCUCAAGAACCCCUUCUACAGCAUCUGGACCACCGAGGUGGGCACGGAGCUGGCUAUGGCCUUUAUUAUAGUUGCAGGGAUCUGCCUGUGCCUCUAUUUUCUCUUCCUGUGUUUCAUGGUCUUCCAAGUGUUCAGAAACAUCAGUGGGAAGCAGUCGAGCCUCCCUGCCAUGAGCAAGGCUCGCCGCCUUCACUACGAGGGGCUGAUUUUUAGGUUCAAGUUCCUGAUGCUCAUCACCCUGGCGUGUGCAGCCAUGACCGUCAUCUUCUUCAUCGUGAGCCAGGUGACAGAAGGCCACUGGAAGUGGGGGGACAUCACGAUCCAGGUGAACAGCGCCUUCUUCACCGGCAUCUAUGGGAUGUGGAACCUCUACGUGUUUGCCCUCAUGUUCCUGUAUGCUCCAUCUCACAAGAACUACGGUGAAGACCAGUCCAAUGGUGACCUGGGGGUGAACAGCGGGGAGGAGCUGCAGCUCACCACCACCAUCACCCACGUGGACGGGCCCACGGAGGUCUACAAGCUGGCUCGGAAGGAGGCUCAGGAGUGACACGGAGGUGCCUCAGCAGGGACAGGCCUGGGCUGGGGAGCAGGGGACACACGAGUCCCUCUGGCUGGAGACCUCUCCAGCUUCUCGAGCACCCCCCGUCCCUGGUGCAUUCACAGAGCAGCCACAGCGAGCAGAACAUUUGUAACUCUUUACUAUGGUGUAGUUAUUCCUGGGGGGAGGGCUGUGUAUAUUGUGUUACACGUAAAACCCUGCUGGAAGGGCACUGAGGUUGCAAAGUCGGAUGUGGGGCCGGGGCAGAGCUGCCGUGGGGCUGGUUUGAUUUUGCUGGGUGUGCUGGUGCAUAAAGGUGCUGCAGGGAGCUCAGGCAGGAGCACGUGCUCAGUACUCUGGGUUUGCUCCUGUGUGCAGCAGGUGUUGGUUGACGGGGGGGGAAACCUUGUUGUAAAAACAUUGAAUUCCACCACUGUAGCUGUAUUGACCCUUGUCUGAGUCUUUGGUGCAGCCGCCCUCUGUCCCUGCAUGGAGCAGAGCUGGGAGAGGAGCAGGCUGUUAGUAAAGCUUUAGUAGAAGCACUGAGUGCUUUCUCAGCAGGUUUUACAGCUGUUUGCUGAAUACAGGGAAUGUCCAGCCUGGAUGCUGAGCUGAGUUGCAGGAGAACAGAGCGCUCCUGACCCAAGUUGCCAGCUGGCUGAUCCCACAGCCAGCUCCUCCCUGCUCUCAGUCCCUUUGGCUUCCCGUGCUUUUGUGGCUUCCUCCACCUCCCCCUUUUGUUACAGGGCAUUCCUGGGAGCCGGGCAGUCUCGCUCUGUGCACUGCCAGGCUGGAGCAGAGCUGGAUUCUUCCAGGGAUUAUCAGACUUGAAAGGAUCCGCUGGUCACGCACUAAUGUGGAUCUUUGCUUUCCCAGAGCAGGCACCGGCGCUGGGCUCGCUCAGCCCCGUGCUGGGAGGCCUUUGGCAAACAGAGGGGAGUGGGAACUGACCCGGCCUGGAGGCUUGAGCUGAGCCCUGCUGGGACCAGUUCAGAGAAGUGAAUGGUGGGGAAGGGUCUGCGCUGCUCAGGGCUCACCUUCCAUGGCUUGGAGUGUCAAUGUCUGUGUGAACUGCUGGUAACAUGUAACACCCUCCCAGUUCUGGCCCUACAAAUGAGAAUCUGCUGCUGCUGUGUGUUGCUGAAGGGUUAGAGAGGAGGCAGAGAGGGGAAACUCCUUCCUUGUCAGCCCAGGUACAAUCACAAUUCCAGGUACCAUAAUGAUUCCCACCCCAGGAUUCAUUCAUUUACCCUCAUCCAUUUAUUAAAGCUCAGCACUACGAAAAAAAGAGAGGGUGGCACCACAACAUCACCUUGGGUUUGUUUGCUGGGCACCCCAAGUUGUGCACCAUCACAUGGGGCUCCUCCAGUCAGGCUGUGCCACAGGGGGCAGACCCCUUUCUCUGUGUAUUAAUUGGAGCUCCUGUUGGAUUUUCUUAAAGCAAUUCCUUUUAUUGUGUUUGCCCUCCCCAGGAUCCCCAGCUUCCCCUGCCCCUGGAGGCAAAGCAGGUCCAAGCAGGUUCCUAGUCGUAGCAAUUACUCCAUUACAAAGUGAAUUAAAUCAACUCACAUCCCUGUAAACCCUGGAACAUUCCCAGCUGAACACUCGACUUUGCAACUUUACCAUCCCUUUUCCCUUGGGUUCUUACGUGAUAUUUAUGUUGUUCCCAUAGCUGUGUCCGUGGGUUCUUUUCCAGCUUAGACUAUAGCAUUGCAUUUUGUAAAGGCUCCCCACGAACAGGGAGCUGCAGCUUUCAAACCAAAUUUUGUGUCAAACACUAACAAUUCGUUUACGGGGCGCGUGUGCGUGUGUGUGUGUGUGUGUGGGUUUUUUUAUUUCUUCAUUCCUCAGCCCUACUCAUAUGUCUUGGAAAUAGUCCCUGGGUCUUAUUAAAAUAUAUCUUUUUUGUUUGUUUGUUUAGGUUGAGUUCAGUUUUUACAGAAUGCUUUAAGCAACCUGGAAAACAUGUAGUUUUGUUAAUUUAAAUAAAAUACACAAUAUUAUGGA